GCACUUUAUAUUGGAACUGACUGAAACAAAACAUGAAAACCUUUAAGCACAGCAGCAAAAAAAAAUUCUAAUAAAAGAGUAUAAAUAAGUGCUAAAACCUUCUUAGUAGAAAAACUGGAUACUAAAAUUUGUUAAUAAAUAUGAAGAAUAAAAGUUCUGAAUAUAUAACAUUAAAUACGAAAAUCAGAAAAAAAAGACUAAAAAAAGAUAACUGCUAAAUAACGUGAUGAAUUUCUUUCUUUGGAGAAGUUUGCUGCUACAAACUAUGUAAAUGAGUGUACAUUCAGUGAAAUAUUACGACGUUCAAAGGGUGCUUGACAGAAUGGCGAGCCGAAACAGCUUCCGGCCCAGGACAAGUCACAGUGCAAUACCAGACUUGUCCUAUAAUCCAUCCAAACUGGAUCGAAUGCGGGAAUACACAUCGGCUCUCUCUCCAAAAACUGCUCGGAACUUUUACACACCAGGGCUUUCAGCAAUGCAGUCAGUAAAACCCAAACAUUCUAAAUCGCCGACACCGACAUUGUCUAAACCGCACAAACAGGCAAAGUCUAUGAGCACAGAAAUCUACUGUGGACCAUGUAGCCGAGACAAUUUUUACCAUGAAGCUGCAGGAUAUUGUGUAGAAUGCAGUGAAUAUUUCUGUGAGACUUGCAUCAAACAUCAUAAAAACCUCAAGAUAACAAAAUAUCACACAGUGAAAGAUCGGCGAAAUAUGCCAAAGGUGAAACAUUACAUCCAGGAAGAUGAAACUGUUGAAAUCUGUGACUUACACCUUGGUGAACUGCUUCGGUACUUUUGCAAGAAUCACGACGAACCAUGCUGCUCUAUUUGCGCCACACUGGACCAUCGACAGUGUGACAAACUUGUAUACAUUCCAGAAAUAGAAGCGAAGCAAACCAACAAAAACUGUCUUACCAUGAUCAAACGUAUGACCAGUCUUACAAACCAGUUUGCCGAAGUGAAGGAGGGCACAGAAAAAUGUAUCAAAUCCCUUGAAGUGCACAAAAGCGAUCACGACAAGAAAAUUACAAAAAUACGCCAAGACAUACUGGAUCUACUUCAUGCUUUAGAAACAGAUGCCACAAGAAAUAUGGAAAAUCUUUAUGAAGAUGAGAAAGGUUUUCUAACAUCCAGAAUUGAGGCAUGUAAUGAAGCGAUCAGAGCUCUACAAACUGCAACAAGCAAUCUGGAUAUGGCAAAGCAAAAUGGUAUUGAAAGUAAGAUAUUUCUUCAAAUGAAGAAACUUUCGAAGCAAGUUUCACACUAUGAAUUAUUCCUGGCUGAUGUUAAACGCAAGAACAGCGCACCACUAAAGUUCUCCUUCAAACCUGAUCCUAAAAUAAAAGAGUUCACAAAGUCAACGGAAGUGUUAGGUUCAAUAGAAAUUCAGAAAAAGCCGCCAAGGACUGCCACACUUCUGACUCAGUUCUAUGUUAAAUCGCAGGGUGACAAGUAUCAAGUCUGCGACAUUACAGGAUCAUGUAUACUACCCGAUGGACGUAUAGUUCUUGCAGACAUGUAUAAUGAGAACUUGAAAGUGGCUGAUUCUAACUUCCAUCUGGUAACACAGACAAAACUUUCCAGUGAACCAUGGGAUAUCUGUGCAAUAUCAGAUGAUCAAAUAAUUGUCUCCCUUCCCCGUGAGAAGAAGCUUCAAUACUUCACCAUCAGUUCAACAAUUCAUCCCGCUAAAAAGAUCGGAGCAAGUGUACCAUCAGUGAAAAACAGCCAGUAUUACGGGGUUGCUUACCAUCAGGACAAACUCUAUGUCACGUGUCCAAAAGACGACCCACCAAAUAUCAAAAUUCUCGAUAUGCAAGGAGCUCAACUUCGAGAAAUUGCAGCAACCAGUCAAGACCAAGAACAGAGCCUGUUCAGUGACCCGCUCUAUAUUGUAGUGAGGCAUGAUGGGAAGAUGGUUUAUGUUUCAGACAGUGGUAACCAGUCUAUCAUCACUGUUGACUUGAAAAAGGACGGAACAAACACCGAGUAUGCCAUGCCAUUGGCAAACCCACCAGGGGGAAUAACUUCUCAAAUUGAGGGGGAUAUAUAUAUCUGCGGUUUUAAGACCAACAGCAUUCAUGUUAUGAACAAGCAAGGUGAAUUCCAAGAUGAAAUCAUUGGAAGUGAAGGGGGCUUGUACAGCCCACAGUCAAUGGCCUACUCUGGUACAACAAAGCUACUUAUCGUGACAAUGCAAAAAUCUGACAUGGUGAAAGUCUUCCGCAUUUCAUAGUUUUUUAGCUACCAGUACCCGCCUAAGUUGGUGUGAAAAAUCUGAAAACCUUUUUGACAUCAGGCGUAUAUCUGGCACUGAGAAGUGACACAUGAAGUGAAAACAGACUACAUAUAUACUGAACAUUUGCAAAACCCAUUAAAACUGACACUACUGUUCAUUACUGAAAAAUCAUAUCAGGUGUUUUACACCUUUUAAAUUAUUACUUUAGUAUAGUUUUCUAUUUUCAAUGUUAUUAAAGUUAUACAUUCAGUUUAUCUUACAAAAUUUAAAUGAUUUUUGAGAGAACUUCAUUUUUUCUGAAAAUAUGUUUGAGUUUUUAAACACAGAAAUAAAAGUGAUAAGGCCAAAAA